AUGGUUCUCUCAAUGGACCUUACUGUGGACCUUGAUCGCGUAGGUGACGAUCUACCUGCUGGAGACCCUUCAUUAUCAAGUUAUCCUCCUCAAACGAGCGAAUCUUCUAACGUUAGUAAGGUGCAUGAUAUGGAUCAUGAGCAUAUGAAUGAGGGUGCAGAUUCCGACACUCCUAUUGAAUCAGGUCAAGGCAUGGAGGAGAAUGACAUGACGGUAAGAAUAUGGCCAUUUCAAUAUCCUUCUACGUCAAAUUAUUGA